AUGGAUUUCCUAAAUGUUACUGAACAGAAUUAUACUUUGAAACAAAAUGAUACAUCAGAAGAACUUCCCACGUCCAAGGUUCUGAUUUCUCUUACACUUUCUGUGCUGGCUGUAAUGACAACUGUCAUCAACUCUCUGGUGAUGACUGCAAUCAUUGUGACACGGAAGCUUCAUCACCCUGCCAACUAUUUAAUCUGCUCCCUGGCCGUCACUGAUUUCCUGGUUGCCAUCCUGGUGAUGCCCUUCAGCAUUGUCUACAUUGUGAAGGAGACCUGGAUCAUGGGUCAGGUGAUGUGCGACAUUUGGCUCAGUGUUGACAUCACCUGCUGUACCUGUUCCAUCUUACAUCUGUCGGCGAUUGCUUUGGAUCGCUACCGAGCAAUCACAGAUGCUGUGGAAUAUGCCAGGAAGAGGACACCUAAGCAUGCUGGCAUCAUGAUUGCAAUUGUGUGGAUCAUUUCCAUCUUUAUCUCAAUGCCACCACUCUUUUGGCGGCACCAGGCAGCCAGCAGGGAUGAUGAAUGCAUCAUUAAGCACGAUCACAUUGCUUUCACUAUUUAUUCCACAUUUGGAGCCUUUUACAUCCCACUGGCAUUGAUUCUGAUCCUUUACUACAAAAUAUACAAGGCAGCCAAGACUUUCCAUAGAAGAAGCGUCAGCCGGGUUCUCAAAGAGGAAGUCAACGGACAGGGUCUCUUGGAAGCAGGUGAAAAAAGCUGUAGGCUAACUUCAUCUGCAUCAUGCACAAAAGAUGGUACAACCAACCCUUCAGCAGAUUCUGAUAGAAUCCACAUCUCACUCCGAAGCCCCACCUCUGAGUCCAAGAAUGAGAAAGGCUGGAGGAGGCAACGGAUUUCUACCACAAGAGAGCGAAAGGCAGCAACUACCCUUGGCUUAAUUUUAGGUGCCUUUGUCAUCUGCUGGCUGCCCUUCUUUGUAAAGGAAGUGGUUGUUAAUACCUGUGAAAGUUGUCAAAUUUCACCAGAAAUGUCUAAUUUUCUGGCAUGGUUGGGAUAUAUCAACUCUCUUGUUAACCCAUUGAUUUAUACAAUCUUCAAUGAAGACUUCAAGAAAGCUUUCCAGAAACUUAUCCGAUGCAGGAGCUAUCUCUGA